GCAGUAAAUGUUGAACUUCUUACUGAUGCGGUCAGUCUUUACAACGCAAAAAUUUGCACUUCGCUGUGAAAUUUGCGUGCCAAAUGCACGCCGGGAUUGUCGUUGGUUGAAACACUUUCAUUGCUGUGCUGUGAAUUUUUCUUCUUCCUCCAUUUGAGAUUAAUUAUUCUUGUUGGUGGUGCUGCUCUGUAGCUGUGGACGAGAUGUUUCUUCAUGGGUUGUUGGUGCAAAAUGUUGAUGUGCGUAAUGUAGAAAAGGGUGGUGGUAGAUGAAGGAGAGCUUAUUCUUUGGCUCGUGCGGAAAAGUUGCGGGAAAUUUUUUCAUUUCCUCCGUAGUGGGUGUGUGUGUGCUGCGAAAGAGGCCCAAUAAAGUGGAUGUGGUGGUUUUGUUUUUUAUGUGAAUAAUGUGCUGUGAGUGUACUUCAUCUUUGUUGUAUCAUAAAAGCUUAAAGAGACCACCAUCCUCAGCAUUGGCAAAAUGAAUUAUUGUGGUUGGUUGUGGACAUGUGCUCUUCUUCUACCAAAACUAUUAAUUCUCGCAUCACCAGCAUCCAUCGUAAAAACUAUAGAAGGAGAAAAUGUACCCAUCUCAUUGGCAGAAGCAGUACAGGGAUCAAUGGCACGAUUGCCAUGCAACAUAACACCCCCAGUUCCGGAUGACAAAAUCACCCUCGUUAUUUGGUACAAAGAUGGCUACGUGACACCCAUUUAUAGUUUUGACGCCCGAGGGUCACACUUAGACGGUGGAUCACAUUGGUCAGAUGAAACCUCAAUAGCUGGACGGGGUUUCUUCCAAGCCAAAACUAAACCUGCCAUUUUAGCCUUAGAAUCCACAAGGAAUUCCGAUUCAGGCAUCUAUCGGUGUCGCGUGGACUUCCAAAAGAGCCCCACGAGGAACUCUAAAGUCAAUCUCACUGUUAUAAUUCCACCGGAGAAUGUGUUAAUUUUGGAUGAGAAGGGCCAACACAUACCACACUAUAUUCUCGGGCCGUACAACGAGGGGGCAUCCGUGGAUCUUACCUGUGUUUCCACUGGAGGUCGCCCAUUGCCAAGUUUACUGUGGCUACAGGAGAACACAAUUCUCGAUGAUACAUUCACUGCCACGGAGAAGAAGGUGCGGAAUGUGCUGCAUCUGGAGAAGUUGCAGCGGCAUCAUUUGCACACAGUUCUCACUUGUCAGGCGUCCAACAACAAUGUCACAACACCAAUUUCCAGUGCGAUAACACUUGAUAUGAACUUGCGUCCGCUAUGGGUGAAGCUUCAAGGUGAUAACCGACCAUUGUCUGCGGGCAACACCUACGAGCUUUGGUGCGAAGUGGUGGGUUCCCGACCUGCACCGACUGUAACAUGGUGGAAAGGAAGUACCCCGAUGAGAGACACCCGGGAAACGACCAGUCCUGACGGAAAUACCACGAUUUCCGUGUUAACCUUUGUCCCAACAAUUGAUGAUGGUGGUAAAUUUCUCUCGUGUCGCGGCGAACAACCCCAAAUACCCGAUUCAGGACUCGAGGAUGGUUGGAAAUUGGAUAUUCAUCAUGUUCCUGUUGUUAGCCUGGAGCUUGGAAGUAAUUGGAAUAUAACAACAAUACGCGAGGGUGCUGAUGUAUAUUUCGAAUGCAACAUUAAAUCCAACCCUUGGGUGUAUAAAGUCAACUGGCGACACAACGGCAAAUACCUGUACAAUAAUGCAGCUAGUGGUAUAAUAGUGGCUAAUCAGAGCUUAGUGCUCCAGAACGUCAGUCGGGCCCGGAGUGGUGUCUACACCUGCAUUGGGAGCAAUGAGGAGGGUGAUGGUGAUAGCAACCUCGUCACACUCGACAUUAAAUUUGCUCCAGUUUGUCGUCCGGGACAGAUUCAAGUGUAUGGCGUUGGGCGCCAAGAAAUGGCAAAAAUAUCAUGUGAAUUGGAAGCAAAUCCCAAUGACUUAAAUUUCACGUGGAAGUUUAAUAAUUCCGCAAUGGAAUUUGUCGAUCUACCCGUAUCACUAAUGUCUGUGGACCGUGCCAAGAGUAUUAUGCACUACACGCCAAUGACGGAGCAGGAUUAUGGGACACUUUUGUGCUGGGGAAGCAAUGAAUUAGGUUUUCAAUUGGAACCAUGUAUUUUCACGAUAAAUCCUGCAGGGAAGCCAGAUCCACUGUCGAAUUGCACGGUGCUCAAUCAGACGGUGGAUACGCUACAGCUGGAAUGUAUUGAAGGCUUCAACGGCGGACUUCCACAGGAGUUUGUGGUUAAAGUCUUCACAACACGCUCCAAGCAAAUGGUUGCAUCACAAACAUCCAAGAGUCCAUUCUUCGAGCUAAAAGGCUUGGAUCCGGAAAUUGGGUACGAGGUCCUCUUGGCGGCCAAGAAUGACAAAGGGAUGAGCGAGAUGCGAGUUCAUCACAUCCAUCGGCUCAACAGUGCAGAGAAGCACACAGAUUCCUUCCUACCGUACACGGGCUCUGUGCUACAUAUAAAAUUAUUCCUGGGUGCCGUAGCGGGUCUCGUGUUUGGCAUUAUCUUAAUUACAACUGCAACGCUACUGCUAAUGAGGACACGACGACGGAAGAAGGCGAGCAACGUGUCCCAGGAGACAACGGUGGCGACAACAAAUGGCAGAAUUGUAUCCGGUCAGUCAAUUCCACAGCCAGAGCAACUGCACGAUUCCUACACAACAGGAAGUACAGACAGUUUAGAUAAAAACCCAGAUAUUAUACCUCAAGGCAAGGAAGAUGCGGAAUUUGAUGAUGAACGAGCUUUCCAUCGAUUCAAUCAGCUACCACCGCGGCAGUAUGCAACCCUUGCCAUGGGAAAGAAGCAACUCCCAGUGCAGUUUGCUGGGCAGAUUGACGUCAAUGCUGGUGGUGGUGGUGGUGGUAUUCUGCAGCAUCCCAUUGUUCACUACAGCAAUGACAAUCAGACACUAACAUACGCUGCAGAGAUGCAGACACCAUCGGGGCAGGCAAAACAGAAAAUUAUCUACACAAGUGCAACCCUGGGGCGACCACGACAGAAGGAUAUUCGUAUGGCUGAACCAAAUAUUUACACACAGAUAGAUUUAGCACACAAUCUCCUUUCGUCGAAUGGAAAAACGGGUGUCUCGUACCGUGAAUCACCACCACCAUCGAGCACAUGGAUCCCGGUGAAUCAGGCACACCCGCUGCGAUCGUGUCAAUUGCAGCAGCAGCAGCAGCAACUCGAUAUAAGAGUACCACCGCCGAUUGUUUGCCCGAGAGAAUCGGCUCCAGUUCAUCAAAUUCUUGUACCUGACCACAGAAACUCCCCUCUGCCACCUCAAAUUCUCACCGACCCCACAGGCAUGAACGUAUCGAGAUUUUGACAUCAAUCCCCCCGUUGCAACACCACGACUGACUACUAGCUCCUGGGGUCAUCCUGCCACUCAGUAGAAUAUGUAGGAGAUAACGUCCACUUCACGUGUGUGGGUGGAGUACAGCCCUGCCCGCCAGCCCCUUCCCCCUCCAAAAACGAAGAAGAAGCAACCUCCUGAAUCUGGAGAUAAACACAACUUAAUUACUCACGAGAGUUAGCAAGCAUAAAAUCAAUUUGCAAGCCCAUGGUGGAUACAACAUACAAUCAAUGGGAAAUCAAUACGUAAAGGUAGGAAAUUUGCAGAAUGAUUUUACUUGAAAUGAUAAAAUAGGUACUGUGAGAAAAUCAAAUUUUAAACUCCUCUCUGUAUAUACUUAAGAGAUAUUGUUAAGGUACUUUAAAUGCUCCAGAAAAGGGACGAACAGUUUGAGUUUUAAAAGGUUAGUAAGAGAAAUUUUAAGAGAAGAUUUUAAGGAAUAAUUUCAUACGACAAAUGCUGAUGCAAGUGACGGAAAUUAAAGAAUGAUUUAUGAUGAUUCAAUUUCUUAAAUAUUGAACGAAUUAUUCUAAAACUAUUUUUGAAAAUUCAAAGUAAUUUUUAUAAUGUUUUUUUUUUUGUAUCUAAAGAAUUUUCCAAAAAUAAUAAUUUUAUUUUUAAUUUUUAAUUAAUAAUUUUAGUUUUUCAUAACGAUUCCCAAUAAAAAAAAUAUUUUUAUAAAAUUCAUAGAAAAUUGAAAACAUUUCUUUAAAAUUAAUUUUUCAGAAUUACUUAAUAAAAAUAUUUAAGUUUAUAUUCGAGUAACAUCAAAAAGUUUAAAUUGUUUGCCCCUUGCUUUUUUUGUUAUCACCUUGAGGGAAUGUGAAGAAUAAAAUAAUUUAUAUUGUGGAGCAAAAGAAAAUAUCUCAAUGAGAGGAUAGUUUAAUGUGAAGAUAAUAUUUUGUACAGCGACACUAUGAAUAAAUAUAGUUAUUACAAUGACUUAAGAAUAGAAUUUCUAACAAUAAGAAGAAGACAAUUUGUGACGAAGGUCUUGCCAUGGCAUCUCCCCAAAGAGCCAAUAUGGCAAUAAAAAAAUCAAAUAAAAAAAAAAGAGAAAAGGAGUGAAAAAGAAAUAAAUUUUUGGUAAGAUGAAUGUAAAAUUGAGGAAUUUCUUUUACCAUGCAUCUCUCCUUUAUUUUGUAAUUUUUAAAGAAAAAAAAUGUGAAAAGAAGGUGAAGGAGAUGAAGAAAAAAUACAAGAAAAGGGUAUAAACGUGUUACAUAAUUAUAUAUAAUAAAUUUUGUCAAAAUAAA